AACGGACAUGGCUGCGGCCCCCGGAGGAGGGGACGUGAAGUGAGGAGGGGGUUGGGAGGGGAGAGGACGCGGGCGAGGAAGACCAGCCCCGGGGCCCCGAAGCGUUUUCAGGCUCCUCGGAAGCUCACCAUCCAUGCCAUCGGAUAAAGUGACUCCUGUGGAAUGCCCUCGUUCCUGUGCCGCACACCCCUGGAGCCCAGGUCUCCUGGUUCCUAGCAUGCCACGAUGCGGCCCCUGCCCGCUGCCCAGCGCCAGAUGCAAGCAAAGCCCCGCUCUUUCAUUGAUGUUGUGACUGUGACAGACUCACUGGGGUUUGUACAUGCUGGGGAGGAGCCUUCCUUUCAGGGGUGACCACAUUCAUCUGGGCAUGCCUGCAGUACUCUUGGCCCAUGGACCUGAAGGAGAAGCACCUGGGCGAGCCUCCCUCAGCCCUGGGCCUGUCCACGCGGAAGGCCCUCAGCGUCCUGAAGGAGCAGCUGGAGGCAGUGCUGGAAGGACAUCUCAGGGAGCGGAAGAAGUGUCUGACGUGGAAGGAGGUGUGGAGAAGCAGCUUCCUCCACCACAGUAACCGCUGCUCCUGCUUCCACUGGCCGGGGGCCUCACUCAUGCUACUGGCCGUGCUGCUGCUGCUGGGCUGCUGCGGGGGACAGCCAGCCGGGAGCCGUGGGGUGGGGCUGGUGAAUGCCUCAGCCUUGUUCCUGUUACUGCUUCUCAACCUUGUGCUCAUCGGGCGGCAAGACCGGCUGAAGCGUCGGGAGGUAGAGCGGAGGCUGCGAGGGAUCAUUGAUCAAAUCCAAGAUGCCCUCAGGGAUGGCAGGGAGAUCCAGUGGCCCAAUGCCAUGUAUCCAGACCUCCACAUGCCUUUUGCACCAUCCUGGUCCUUGCACUGGGCCUACAGAGACGGACACCUGGUCAACCUGCCAGUCAGCCUGCUGGUUGAAGGAGACAUCAUAGCUUUGAGGCCUGGCCAGGAAUCGUUUGCUUCUCUGAGGGGGAUCAAGGAUGACGAGCACAUCGUCCUGGAGCCGGGAGACCUCUUCCCCCCCUUCUCCCCUCCACCCUCACCCCGGGGAGAAGUGGAGAGAGGGCCACAGAGCCCCCAGCAGCACCGGCUUUUCCGUGUCCUUGAGACCCCUGUGAUUGACAACGUCAGAUGGUGCCUGGACAUGGCCCUGUCCCGACCAGUCACUGCCCUGGACAAUGAGCGGUUCACAGUGCAGUCGGUGAUGCUACACUAUGCUGUGCCCGUGGUCCUGGCCGGCUUCCUCAUCACCAAUGCCCUGCGCUUCAUCUUCAGUGCCCCGGGGGUCACUUCCUGGCAGUACACCCUCCUCCAGCUCCAGGCCCGGAGCUCAGGAGCCGUCUGUGUGGUCCGCUCCUUCCCAGGUGAAUGGCGUCCUGCCCAUCCUCCCCCUGCUCUUUCCAGUCCUCUGGGUUCUGGCAACUGCCUGUGGAGAGGCCCGUGUCCUGGCCCAGAUGAGCAAGGCCUCACCCAGCUCCCUGCUGGCUAAGUUCUCAGAGGAUACUCUCAGCAGCUAUACGGAGGCUGUCUCCUCUCAGGAAAUGCUGCGCUGCAUUUGGGGCCACUUCCUGAGGGUGCUCGGGGGGACAUCGCCAACGCUGAGCCACAGUUCCAGCCUGCUGCACAGCCUGGGCUCUGUCACGGUCCUGUGCUGUGUGGACAAACAGGGGAUCCUGUCAUGGCCAAAUCCCAGCCCAGAGACUGUACUGUUCUUCAGCGGGAAGGUGGAGCCCCCUCACAGCAGCCACGAGGACCUCACCGAUGGCCUAUCCACCCGCUCCUUCUGCCAUCCCGAGGUAGAGGAGGAGCCCCAUGAACGAGACGCCCUCCUGGCUGGCUCCCUGAACAACACCCUGCACCUUUCCAAUGAGCAGGAGCGUGGCGACUGGCCUGGCGAGGCUCCCAAGCCCCCCGAGCCCUAUUCACACCACAAAGCGCAUGGCCGCAGCAAACACCCAUCUGGCUCCAACGUGAGCUUCAGCAGGGACACCGAGGGUGGUGAAGAAGAGCCCAGCAAGACCCAGCCUGGGAUGGAGAGCGACCCCUACGAAGCAGAGGACUUUGUGUGUGACUACCACCUGGAGAUGCUGAGCCUGUCCCAGGACCAGCAGAACCCCUCCUGCAUCCAGUUUGAUGACUCCAACUGGCAGCUGCACCUCACCUCCCUCAAACCCCUGGGCCUCAAUGUGCUGCUGAACCUGUGUGAUGCCAGCGUCACCGAGCGCCUGUGCCGAUUCUCCGACCACCUGUGCAACAUCGCCCUGCAAGAGAGCCACAGCGCCGUGCUGCCCGUCCAUGUGCCCUGGGGCCUCUGCGAGCUUGCCCGCCUCAUUGGCUUCACUCCUGGGGCCAAGGAGCUUUUCAAGCAGGAGAACCAUCUGGCGCUGUACCGCCUCCCCAGUGCCGAGACAAUGAAGGAGACAUCGCUGGGGCGGCUCUCCUGUGUCACCAAGCGGCGGCCUCCCCUCAGCCACAUGAUCAGCCUCUUCAUUAAAGACACCACCACCAGUGAGCCCUGGCUACGUUGGCCAGCACCAGGCACAGAGCAGAUGCUGUCCCAUGGCACCGCUGAUGUGGUCUUAGAGGCCUGCACAGACUUCUGGGACGGAGCUGACAUCUACCCUCUCUCGGGAUCUGACAGAAAGAAAGUGCUCGACUUCUACCAGCGAGCCUGCCUGUCUGGGUAUUGCUCUGCCUUCGCCUACAAGCCCAUGAACUGCGCCCUGUCCUCUCAGCUCAACGGCAAGUGCAUCGAGCUGGUACAGGUGCCCGGCCAAAGCAGCAUCUUCACCAUGUGCGAGCUGCCCAGCACCAUCCCCAUCAAGCAGAACGCCCGCCGCAGCAGCUGGAGCUCUGACGAAGGGAUCGGGGAGGUGCUGGAGAAGGAAGACUGCAUGCAGGCCCUGAGCGGCCAGAUCUUCAUGGGCAUGGUGUCCUCCCAGUACCAGGCCCGGCUGGACAUCGUGCGCCUCAUUGAUGGGCUUGUCAACGCCUGCAUCCGCUUUGUCUACUUCUCUUUGGAGGAUGAGCUCAAAAGCAAGGUGUUUGCAGAAAAAAUGGGCCUGGAGACAGGCUGGAACUGCCACAUCUCCCUCACACCCAAUGGUGACAUGCCUGGCUCCGAGAUCCCCCCCUCCAGCCCCAGCCACGCAGGCUCCCUGCAUGAUGACCUGAAUCAGGUGUCCCGAGAUGAUGCAGAAGGGCUCCUCCUCAUGGAGGAGGAGGGCCACUCGGACCUCAUCAGCUUCCAGCCUACGGACAGCGACAUCCCCAGCUUCCUGGAGGACUCCAACCGGGCCAAGCUGCCCCGGGGUAUCCACCAAGUGCGGCCCCACCUGCAGAACAUUGACAACGUGCCCCUGCUAGUGCCCCUUUUCACCGACUGCACCCCAGAGACCAUGUGUGAGAUGAUAAAGAUCAUGCAAGAGUACGGGGAGGUGACCUGCUGCCUGGGCAGCUCUGCCAACCUGCGGAACAGCUGCCUCUUCCUCCAGAGCGACAUCAGCAUUGCCCUGGAUCCCCUGUACCCAUCCCGUUGCUCCUGGGAGACCUUUGGCUACGCCACCAGCACCAGCAUGGCCCAGGCCUCGGAUGGCCUUUCUCCCCUGCAGCUGUCAGGGCAGCUCAACAGCCUGCCCUGUUCCCUGACCUUUCGCCAGGAGGAGACCAUCAGCAUCAUCCGGCUUAUCGAACAGGCUCGGCAUGCCACCUAUGGCAUCCGUAAGUGCUUCCUCUUCCUGCUGCAGUGCCAGCUGACUCUUGUGGUCAUCCAGUUCCUUUCUUGCCUGGUCCAGCUGCCGCCACUCCUGAGUACCACCGACAUCCUGUGGCUGUCCUGCUUUUGCUACCCUCUGCUCAGCAUCUCUCUGCUGGGGAAGCCCCCCCAUAGCUCCAUCAUGUCUAUGGCAACGGGGAAAAACCUCCAGUCCAUUCCCAAGAAGACCCAGCACUACUUCCUGCUCUGCUUCCUGCUCAAGUUCAGCCUCACCAUCAGCUCCUGCCUCAUCUGCUUUGGCUUCACACUGCAGAGCUUCUGUGACAGCUCCCGGGACCGCAACCUCACCAACUGCUCCUCCGUCAUGCUGCCCAGCAACGACGACAGGGCUCCAGCCUGGUUUGAGGACUUUGCCAAUGGACUGCUGUCGGCUCAGAAGCUCACGGCCGCCCUGAUUGUCCUGCACACUGUCUUCAUUUCCAUCACCCAUGUGCAUCGCACCAAGCCCCUGUGGAGAAAGAGCCCCUUGACCAACCUCUGGUGGGCCGUGACAGUGCCUGUGGUGCUGCUGGGUCAGGUGGUCCAGACGGCUGUGGACCUGCAGCUGUGGACACACAGGGACAGCCACGUCCACUUUGGCCUGGAGGACGUGCCCCUGCUGACAUGGCUCCUGGGCUGCCUGUCCCUGGUCCUUGUGGUGGUGACCAAUGAGAUCGUGAAGCUACAUGAGAUUCGGGUCCGAGUCCGCUACCAGAAGCGACAGAAGCUGCAGUUUGAAACUAAGCUGGGCAUGAACUCUCCCUUCUGAGCCACUGGCUGUGGUGGCUGUAGUUCCCCCAUCCCUGGGGCUAAAGCCAGACCCAUUUCUGAACAGGGGAGUUUGUAUCAUGAAUGUUUCCAGGUUUGCUCCUGCACCCGUGGCACUGGAAACCCAGCUCCCCGUGUCAGACCCCGCUGUCUUCCUGAGCCCUGGGGCUCACUGUGGAGGAGCUGACGGCCUGGGCCCUUGGCCAGUCCUGGCUCUUCCCUGGGCCUCACCAGGGACACUCUUGAAUGUAUGGCCUCAGGCGCUCCCUAGAGGGGCCCUCAACCCCCUCACCUGUGAGCUACCCCCUUUAGGGAUCCCUUGCCCCCUUGGAGAUCCCUUGCCCCCCAGUGCCUCUGCUCGUGGGUCCCUGGACACGGCCUUGAAGCCAACCUUCUUUGGAGGAGCAAGAGCAGCAGCCUUGGCCGACGCGUCCAACUCCCAAGGCUGCUGUGGAGGGCAGGGGGGUGGUGCUUGCCUGGAUGUGGCCCCGAGUGCCUCCCCUCCCUCCGUCUGUGGGGGAGUCUCCCGCCUGAACCUGAAGAUGGAGCAGGGCCCCCGCUUCGCCCUGGAGCCUCUUCCUGUGCCUGGCUCAAGCUGGCUGCCUGUCAGUCUUGGGGAAUCUGGCCCAGGUCUCCUCAGCCUCUGCCCCAGUUCUGGGAGAAGUUUCUACUGGUGUAUAUUUUUUACUGGAAAUGAGCCUUUUAGGAAUGAAUGUAGACUGGUUUGUAUUAAAAUGUGUCAAUUGCUAAGAAA